AUGGACGCCAGCGUGCAGCACAGCGCUGCCGCUGUCAGGAGGAGCAAAGAGGACAGAAAAGUUCACCGUAAACAGUUAAGAGCCCGCCACACUUUGCUGAAACACGAAGGCAUCAGCACAGCGCCGCAGCCCACCAAGAGUUUGGUGGUGGCGAACGGCGGCCUGGGGAACGGCGUCACUCGAGAGCAGCUGUGUGCAGCGCUGACGGAGAUGGGCGAGCUGGAGGCGCUGAUCAUGCCCCCUCACAAGCCCUACGCUUUCGCCACCUACAGAUCGGAGGAGAGCGCUCUGAAAGCCCACCUCCACCUGAACGGGGGAAAGCUUCAGGGCGGAGCGACCAGCGUCACCCUCUACCUCAGCUACGUCACCGCAGUGACCUGUGAGGAGGAGGAGGCCGUUCCUCUGCCUGAGGGGUUGGUCCUGGUGGAGGACUUUGUUUCUCCGGAGGAGGAGGCUCUGCUGCUCGCCGCCGUCGACUGGUCGUCGCCUCAUGAUGAUGUCACCGCUCAAAAAGCUCUAAAGCACAGAAGAGUCAAACAUUAUGGUUUUGAGUUUCGCUACGACAACAACAACGUGGACAAAGACCGGCCGCUAGCUGCAGGUAUUCCUCAGGACUGUCUACCUGUGCUGGAGCGCUGUGUGAAGCAUAAACACAUCGACGUCCUGCCAGACCAGCUGACGGUCAACCAGUACGAGUCUGGGCAAGGCAUCCCUCCUCAUGUGGACACUCACUCUGCUUUUGAGGACUCCAUCCUGUCGCUGAGCCUGGGAGCAAAGACAGUGAUGGAGUUCCGUCAUCCCGACCGCCGGCUGGUUGCCGUGGUGUUGCCGGCCCGCAGCCUCCUGGUGAUGACGGGGGAGAGCCGGUACCUGUGGACUCACGGGAUUACUCCUCGGAGGUUCGACACGGUGCCGGCGUGCGACCCUCGAUCCCCGUCCCCUACGGCGCCUGAACGCAUCGCCGGCAAUCUCACUCUGAGCGAGAGGGGAACGCGAACCUCCUUCACCUUCCGCUCGAUCAGACGGGAACCCUGCUGCUGCGCCUUCCCCUCCGCCUGCGACAGCCAGGGAGCUCCUCCUCCUCCCUCUUCAUCACCGUCGCCGCCGUCUCCUCCCUCGCUGCCCAGUUGCCAUGCCGACGCCGCCCUCCUGGAGCAGGAGUACGUGCACCGGGUGUACGACGCCAUCGCCUCGGACUUCAGCGGCACUCGCCACUCCCCCUGGCCGCGCGUCUGCCACUUCCUGUCGGCGCUCCCGGCCGGCAGCGUGCUGGCCGACGUGGGCUGCGGCAACGGGAAAUACCUGGGCGUCAACCCGGAGCUGCUGGCAGUCGGCUGUGACCGCAGCGGCGCUCUCGUCCACAUCUGUGCUCAGAGAGGCUUCCAGGUGUUUGUGUCCGAUGCCCUCGCCGUCCCGAUGAGAACGUCGUCCUGCGACGCCGUCAUCUCCAUCGCCGUCAUACACCACUUCUCCACCAGGGAGCGUCGUCUGGCCGCGGUGAGGGAGCUGCUGCGGCUCCUGAAGCCGGGCGGUCGAGCCCUGAUCUACGUCUGGGCUUUCGAACAGGAGUUCAACCGGCAGCGGUCCAAGUACCUCCGAGAGCCUCCGGAGAACCGCGGUUCCCCCGCCGAGGACACGGAACCGGCCGCAGACCACCGGGAACCUCCCGGGACAUCAAGUACCCGGGAGGACGCCGCCGGUAAACUCGGCGUGCACACCAACCGAACGGCGUUCCACAGCCAGGACCUGCUGGUGCCCUGGCACCUGAAAGAAGGGAAGAAGCCAGCGGAGGAGGAAGUGAGAGACGGUGGGAAGAAGGAUAAAAGGAAAGGGAAACACACAAAGACUUCGGGGGACGCCUGCAGCUCCACUCCCACACGGGACUUGAACCCUGAUCCCAGAUCAGCUGAUUCCACCGCUCGGACCCCCGGCGCGGCUCUCGGCCCCGCGCCCGUUUUUCACCGCUAUUACCACGUGUUCCAGCAGGGGGAGCUAGAGAGGCUGUGUGGCCAGGAGGCCGGCGUCCGGGUGCAGAGCGGCUACCACGACCAGGGCAACUGGUGUGUGGUUCUCGUGAAGGACUGACCGCAAGGAUCCUUCACUUGUACAAUUUAAAGUGAAUAGACAAAUAUAAUAAAUACAGAUUUUUACCCGA